GCCGGUCCGGCGUGCCUUCAGCGCGCAUGCGCGGCCGCGGCGGGCAGCGUGCCGGGCUCGCGGCGGCGUGGGCGCGCGCGCGGGAGCGGCGGAGGUAGUUGGUCCCCGCGGUUGCUAUGGAGAGCGGGGGAGAGGGGGGCGCGUGACCGCGGCCCCGCCCUUCUCCUCGGGGUCUCGCCAACGAAUCAUUUUUUCUUCCUGGAUGUGACAAAUUGUCAUCUGUGUUCAAUGGGUCUACGAAUUCACUUUGUGGUUGACCCUCAGGGUUGGUGCUGCAUGGGCCUCAUUAUCUUUGUCUGGCUGUACAACACGAUCUUCAUUCCCAAAGUCAUCCUUUUUCCUCACUAUGAAGAGGGACAUAUUUCAGCUAUGGCAGUUUUGUGUUAUUACUUUUGCUCGUUGUUUUGUAUAACUUCGUUACUAAGAGCCUCAAUAGCUGAUCCAGGAAAACUACCUGAAAACCCAAAGAUACCACUUACAGAACGAGAAUUUUGGGAAUUAUGUAACAAAUGCAACAUGAUGAGACCAAAGCGCUCCCACCAUUGUAGCCGUUGUGGACAUUGUGUUAGGAGGAUGGAUCACCACUGCCCAUGGAUUAAUAAUUGUGUUGGUGAAGACAAUCAUUGGCUGUUUUUACAAUUAUGUUUCUACACUCAGAUUCUUAGUUCCUAUACGUUGAUACUUGAUUUCUGCCAUUACUACUACUUCUUGCCACUGAAAAAAGAUAACUGGGAUGUUUUUGUAUAUAGACAUGAACUUGCUCUUCUAAGAAUAUCUGCCUUCAUGGGUCUAAUAAUACUAGGUGGAAUAAGUGGACUCUUUUACACUCAGCUAAUGGGUAUUUUCACUGACACUACAAGUAUAGAAAAAAUGUCAAACUGUUGUGAAGACAUAUCGAGGCCCCGAAAGCCAUGGCAGCAGACCUUCUCAGAAGUUUUUGGCACUCGCUGGAAGAUCCUGUGGUUUAUUCCUUUCAGGCAGAGGCAACCACUGCGAGUUCCCUACCACUUUGCCAAUCAUGUCUAAACAGAUGGAUGGUGGGCACAGAUGGGUCCUCCAUGUUGGAAGUGUGUUGCAGGUUUUAUGAUAAUAGGACUAUGACAGUCCUCAAGUCAAUUAAAAUCCACCCACCAAUCUUAGUCAUCAUAGUGUGCCCCAGGCUUUAUUUUAAUAGUGAUCUAGAUUCUGUUGCGGGAUUAAUACAAGUUAUAUGUUUAAUUUAAAGCAUAUUUAAUUUCAGAUUAGUUUUCUAAAGGUGUUUCUUUAGUGUUUGACAAUGAUAACAAAAACAAAUGACUGGAAUGGAGUCUUACUCUAUUUGUUUGGUACUGGCCAUUUUGAUCUUUUUUUUCUUUGGUAGGACACACUGAAGUUUACCUUGAUUGUUAGUGUUCCCACUAAGUAGUUUCAUGCUGCAUUUAAUUUUUUUACUGUUUUUACCAAUACAUGGGUCUAGAUAGUGUGCAGGUCAUUUUUCUGGUAAAUGUGUGUAACAUUCCCUGCUACUCCUGUUUAUUUAUGAUGCACAAUACUAAUCAUGCAGCACUGCUCUAUAAAAAGGUGACAUCUGAAACUGGGGCAGACUUCUCUUACAUAUUUCUUAGAAAAGUUUUUAUAAAUACACACACACAUAUAUAUAGAUAUGUAUAGAUGGAGAGAUCUUACAUCUGAAGUUAUCUUUUUCUAUACAAAGGAUCAUUCAUGUCCCUAUGUCAACAAAAGCUAUGAAAUGUUCUAUGGUAAAAUAUGCAGAUAGUAAGCAUGUUUUCCCCCUUUUUCCCAAGGAUUUCUUUGCAAUAAUUCAACAGAGAAGCUGUAUAGUGCAAAUAUUAGAAUGCAUAUACUUUUUAAAACAGCUGAUUUAAUUAGCAUAAUAUGCCGUAGAGAAUAGUAUAUAGUCAUUAAAGUUAUGCAUUUUAUAUUUUCUUUUGUUUAGUCAUGACUGGCUGGAAUUAAGAUUGUUUUUAGGUGCUUAUAAAUGGGAAACAUAAAAAUAUUUUAAAAUACUUCUAUAUAAAUAAAGAUAUUUGCUAUUAACAUGUACAGUAAUGUAUUUUAGCUGAUUUAAUGGGGUACUACGUUGAUGUAUGAUAGCUUUAUAUUCUUGUUGUGGGCCCUUUCUUCAUGGAAGUAAUCAACCAAAGACAGCAUUCUUAAGAUUAAAUCUGGUAAAAUGACAGUGAUUCACAAAGUAUUGCCUUUGUUUUGCUGGGUCUGGAAAUAUUAUGUGAUAUAUUAUUCUGUGUCUGGACGAAUAUCAGCAUGAGAUGUUUGUGAUUCUUGAAAGUUUUAUGAGAAUAUUUAUGAGAAAUUUUUAUGAGAAAUUCACAGCUGAGAUUUUUCAAGUUACGCUGCUUACUAUGUUUGUUGUCUUAUCUAGCAACAGGACUAAUAUCCACCUCAAAUGACAGCCCUGCAACAUGAUAGCAAGAGGUACAAAGUCAGGAUGUACAAUACAUAGAUUGUAUUUGGAGAGAAUCAUAGUUCACUUGUGAGCAGUUCAUUCAGCAUAAAGGGCUAAAUUUGUAAUGAAUGUUAUUCAUAAUGAAUCUUUAGAUCAGCUCUUUUAAAAUCUUAAUAUUGCAUAUCUUCGGCCCACUUUCCUUUAUUAAAUUAACAGAUUUCGAUGAUGCAUUCAAAGUUCUAAAAGGGUCAUCUUAAAAAUUACUUGAUUUUAAACUUUUUUGUAAACUUCUAGCUUCUGAACCAGCUUUGCUUCCUCUGUCCUUUGAAAAUAGAUGCAAUACUUUCUUCACUUACAUUUCAAGCAUUAUGGUCAACCAUUCUUUCAGAACUUUCUGCACUGCAUUUUUAUACAUCAGUUUAGAUUUUCUUUAAGAUGGAGCGAGCAGCAAUAUUUAACCAAAGCUGGGCAUGAGCAAAGUAAAUGAAAGGGCUGAGGUAGCACUUGAAAUUCAAAAAUGCACACAUACAUUAUACAGUAGCUGCUGAAUUCUUUCUCUCUCUCUUUUUUUUUUUUUCUUUAAGAAUUCAAUUACUAUAUUCUUUGUGAAAUACCAGGGGAACAUAAGGCGUCCCCUUUGUUUUAUGUGUCAAUAUUUAAAUGUUUCAUGAUGCAAAACAGAGUUAAUUUUCUCUCAAGUUUUUCAUGGUUAUCAAUUUUCAAAGUUAGCAAAUCAUACGGCUCUGAAACCUUUCAUUAAGAGAGAGGUUCAGGAAAUUAACUGCUCUUGAUUUAUUCAUUGUGGAGCAUAUAGUUAUUCUCUGUGUUCUCAUGUAUCAUUCUUUCAGUUAAUUUAAUUACCCAUGGGGAACCAAAUCUGUAAUACAUAAUCUGCCAAAUUGUAAGAACCUUAGUUAUAACUCAUGUAUUUAAAUUUUGUAUGUGAUUUAUACAGUGAAGCAAUAGGAACAUGAAAGUGUGCUUGCUUUGUGGGAUAAAAAUCCAUGAGUAUUCCAGAUUUAAUACUGUGUACAAAUAAAAAGAAAUAAGAAACAUUAAAUCUAAUCCUGAAAUGGCUCAGAUUGGGAUUAAACAUGGUCUAGAUGUACUACAGACCAUACAUACAAACAUCCAUGAAUGUGUUUAUAUGCCUGAUUUAUAGGUAGUAUUCGUAAAGCUUUGAGCUUGGGACAUGUGCAAGUAUUUGAUCUUCUGUAGUGAUGCAUACUGUUUUAGGACUGUAGUAUGUCAGGCUAAUGUCAAAGCCCACAUACGUUCAAAUCUGGGGUAUAGCCUUUCCUCUCUUAUUCUCCAGGUGCCCUCUUUUGGCCAUAUUAUGCAAAGACAGUUCACUCUUCAGCUGAGGCAGCCCUGCUGUUACAGUUCACAGACUGCUGAAACUUUGUUAUUACACAGUGGUUAUUUGGAGCAAUAAGGACAUGAAUUGAAUGGGUGUCUGUGCUGGUGAUGAGGUUCAUGUCUGAGGACUAGGUUAUUUCUCAGAUAUGCAGACACUGCUUUGAGGCUGUCUCAGAUAAAAGUGAAACAUGUCAGAUUUUCUAGAAAAUCUUCAGAACAAGUCUACAGUCUGUAUUACUGUGUCUCUGCAUUAGGUAGGGCAACAUAGUCUGCAUCUAUCUUUGACUUUUCUUUCAAACAAUGGAUUAUAAAUUAAAAAUCUGUAAAUUCUAAAGUACUUAUUUAAACUACCCAAAGGUGAACUCUGUAGCUGAAGUACCAGGUAUACCUUCUAGUGAAUGGUGUAUAUAUAUCUUGCCAGAUUCUCACAUGAAGAUGCUAAUUUUGCAGUGUAAGGGUUCUCAAAUGUUUUUGUAUUGUUAGAUUUGGCAAAUGUCUGUCUUCCCUGUCUCCCAUUCACCCUUAACUGUAGAAACUGAUGUGUAAAGUGAUUAAAGCAGCUAUUUUACUUUUUAACCUAUUUCACUUUGGCAAUGUUUAUUCCAAUAUAGUUUCUGAAUGUGUGGAGGAGAGAAGGGAGAAGACAGAAUUUGGAAAGGCUUGAUUUCUACGAAGUGAUGAGUUUUAUUCUCUGAACACUAGGCUUCUAAACAGUAAGUUACUGAAAUCUUGAACAUUUAGCAGAUGACUGUAUCAUGUUACUUGUUUAUUAAUGUAGCAUUUCUAAAAUUGAUUCUCAGAGCUGUUGUAUCAAGAAAAGAUGUUAGACUUUUAGCAGUGAAAUUUUAGACCAGUACUUUGAAGUCUCACUUCAUUCCCUCCAGCUUUUCUUCAGUUUUUUCUGUUAGAGGAAACUGCAUUCUUAAGACAAAUUAGUGCUUGUAGUUGUUGUUCAUUUCAAAAAUCUUUUGGACAAUAUUAAUGAAUUUUGUCGUGAUAUAAUAUCCAUGUUUCGUUCAGUGUAGCGGGUGUUACCUAUGAACUUAAUAUUUGAUUUCCUGAGGAGUACAAACAGAAGCUGAAGCACUGACGAAAGAUAACCUGAAAACAUUUGAGAACAACUGGGUUUUUAUUGCAGUAUGGGAUAGUUAAUGGCAAGACUGAUAGGAAUCUGAACAGUACUAUCUUUUGCAUAAUAUCAGAGAUUUGAUAUUUCAUUUGAAAAAUCUUCAUGAAUAAAAUAAAAGAUUCUGCAUUAAAUAGUCUUUACAAACAUAUCCCCUGUUCUGUCCAUCUAAAAGGCAAGUUGCAUCAAAUUCAUUAUUGUUAGUUACAGCUGGUAGAGAAGUUGAGGUAUACAGAUGUUUUUAGGUUUGGGUAGGAUUCAUAAGUAAGAUGAAGACCUGUGGAAGAACUUAGAGGAAGGAUAGCUUUUGGACUGGGCAGCUUACUGUUUAUGUUGGAUCUGAAAAGCUGGUGAAUAUGAAGGGAAGAUUCAUAAAAGUACAGAGAAAAUUGGAGGUAGGACCAAAAGAAUUGUUUUGAUUCAGCUUUACCAAAUCAGAUGAGAUUACAAAGAGCAGGAAUUGUGCAGUUUAAAUAUGCAUGCCAUUAUUAUGUACUUCAUAUUGAAAUCUUUAAAUACUCGUCUUAAAAUUGUCCAGUUUUAUUUAGUAAAUGAUACUUUUCAGAAAGAAUGAAACCAUGUUUUUGUUUGUGCUAUAGCCAUCCACUGUAUACCUGUGUAAGCAAUGCAGAUGACAGUAUCUCAGCAGUACUGUUAAAGAGAAUCUGUGCUAUGUCAAAUUUGCAUUCAAAUGAAACGUAAGAUGGGUUUCUGGUAACCUGAAAUUGAAUUGUCAAAUUGUUUAUGUGAAAUUUUCACAUAAAAAAUCUUUAUAUAAGGCAUUAUUUAAUUGGCCAGCCUGCCUGCCAGCAAUAGAUCACUUGUAGCACAGUGUCACUGUAACUUAGAAGAUGUAUUAUUUAAUCCUAUUGUUGUUUCUGCACACUUUGUGUUUGCCACACACUUAAUUUUGCAGCUGCUCACAAAUAAGCCACUGUAGCUUUAUUGGAACAACUGUAUCGCAAAUACAAAACUAACAGCUUAGAAGUUAAAUACUAUUGACUGGCUUCUCUCAAUUUGCUAGCUGGAAAUACCUUUUCAUUCCUUGAAGGUAUAUUCUGUAUAUGCUGCAAUCUUGAUCUUUCUGGUGAAAGAUUGUUGUUUAUCCUACGUAUGUGCCAAUCAACAAUACUGUAUCAGCACCUCUAAACUAUUCAUAAAAUAAAACCUAAGUGUACUUCCAUGGUAUGUGCCACAGAAGGAUAAGAGCUGUUUAAAGCAAUGUGGUUAUUACCACCUAGUAUUUCUCAUUCAGUCUUGUAUUAUAACAGCCUUGUUAUGUACACAAGAGUAAUAAACCAAUUGUUUUAGCAUUGUGUGUAAGAAAUACCUUUUCCUUCAGAAUCUUGCCGCUGAGGGAAUAGAAAAUUAAGUUGUCAGAAGACAAAGGUACUGUUCUGUUUUCUGCACUUCAAGAAAUUACUAGCUUUUCUUUGGCAUCAGUCUCUCAUACUUGAUGUUAAAGUCUGUAGCCAAAGAUUUGGAUCUAAUGGAGUGAUUGAACUGAAUGUUGUAUCUAUCCAGCAGUGCUAACAGACAGAAUCUUAGACAAGUUUAUAGAUGCUCAGCAAAAGUCAAAUUUAUGAGCUUCUCAGGGGGUUUCCCUUCUCGAUCCCCUCUGGGGAUUUUCCUUUUCUGCCCUCAAUAUAAAUUGCUGUUAGUUUUACCAGAUAGCAUCUUUGUAGCUCUCUAUUAGCUCUUAGCUAUGCUGACCGAUCAGUAGUGGGUAUAUCGUGCCCAUUACUGAGUCCUAAUGGGUUUAUCUCCCAGCUGCUUCAGGUUGGUGACCAGGCAAGAGGUAGCAGCUCUUUUCAUCACCUUUUCAGAUUGUCCCUUGAUUGCUCUUAGAUUUUGUGGUGUGCUAACUCAUGUAAAUUCUUGAAGAACCUUUGAAGCAGGAUGUCCCAGGUCUCUGGGAACCUAGUCUGCAUUUCCUCUCAACCGGAUGACUUGUGUAAACUUGGCUAAUUUAGUUUUCCUCUGAGUAGUUGAUUCUUAGCAUUAAAGACAUGUUUAACUCUUGUGUUAGGGAGUUAGAUUUAAAAAAUAACUUCAGUGUGUGACCCUUCAGAGGUCCUGAGUUGAAAUGCAGGUACGGUCUCCCAGAAAAUCAGAAUUAUAACAAAUUGUCAUUAUGUUCUGGAUAUGUUAUCCAGUUUAUUUGCUGUUUGACUCUUAAUAUUUCAGUAAUAUUUCUUAAAUAAGCAGUGUAAAGGAUCAAUGUAGAGUGCAAGUGAAAAUGUUUUCAAGGACCAUUUGCUUGACUUGGAAAGAAAGUCUGCUUGUGGACAGUAAUUAGUUGUGAUUUAUGUAAGAGAUUUGACUUUUCUUGGCUGUGCUUUACUACUCAUUUAGUCAGACAAAAUCACUUCUGAUGCAGUUGAAUUCUGUACCAUGGAAAAGAUGCUACUUUGAGUGAGUUCUGUUCAUCCUUCAGCUCUCAGGCACUUAUGUCUGGUGGUUCUUUUAUUGUCUUUCUCAUCAUGCACACAGCAACAUUGUCUAGUUGUAGCUUCAGUCAUGUUCAGCUCUUCUUGGCCAGAGAAGACAGUGUAGUAGAGUAGCCUGGGAGGGUAUGGAGAUGGUUGGGGUUAUUUUUUGUUUGUUUGUUUGUUUUAAUAUAUUAUUUCUGGCAUUCAGAUUCUCUGGUUCCAUUCUUUCUCAGGUUGAGAACAAGAGGUUAAUUGCUUACAGUACUGAGAUUUGGAAUCUCUUAUGGGUUUUGUGCACUGAAAUGAGAAGUUAUCACCUUUUAUAGGUUUUAAACAAAUGCUGCCUUUUUUUUUUUUUUGGUGUGAUCACAGCUGGAUAUGAACCAGCUUUCUAUAUAGCUUAAGUAUUAUUUUGUAUGUAGUGUCCAAAUUGUUUUUAUCUUGCUGUUGCCUGAGUCAGUAUCUCCCAACCUAAGCCAUUACAUGCAAUGUUCUGGUGCUGCCACAAUAAUAUUUAGCAACUGGACAUCCAUGUCUUUUACAUCAAACAUAACUUUUUCUGGUUGGUCCAGUUGGGAGACUUGAAUUCUCACAUACUUACACUUUUUAAAACUAAAUCUAAUUCCUUUGGAUCGGUCUUUAUUAAGAGACAUAAUUGUUCUCAAAUAUAUGUUUUAAGCAGUUCUUUAGAUAUUCCUGAUAAAAUUAUUGAUUAAUUAAUAAAUGCAUAUUUAUUAAAACAAGUGUAGUGUCACAACAAAAAACAUUUGACUUCUUCGGGAUAAAACCAGUAAUAAUAUCAGCAUGGCCAUUGAAAUAUAGAUGCAGUCUUCAGCUUUACAUUCAUUAGCAAAUUAUGCAUGUAAAAUACAAUGUUGAAAGUAUUUGUCAACAGAAAUUAGUACAGAUCUUAGAUUAAUUAUAUAUAGUUAUUUUAAAAUAUGCCCUUAGAAUACAAAGGCCUUACAAAGUAUAAUUUUACUGCUGUUUAAAGUUAUUUAAAGCAUUUGAGAUAUGAAAAUUCCUGCUUGGUUUGUUGUUUAUAUCAAAAUAGAAUUGCAGUUAUAACUACUACGCAGUAAAUCAGGCAUCGUAUUUUCCUGUUAGUUGUUUUAUAUAUGUAGUUUUUAAGGCUGAAGGUAGUUAAGAGUGCAGAAAUACUGGGAGUUGUCUUCUGCAUUAGCAAAGUUAAAAUUAAUAAUUAUUUUUACCCUGAUAAGUUAAAUCUAAUUCUAAAUUACUCAGUGUCAAGACUUCAAAACUGUUUAGGUGACAGAGGAUUCUUCUAGGGAUUGCUUUUGGGAAGAUUUCGAACUUCCAAAUACAGGGUCUGUUUCAGCUAUUUUUUACAGAAUCAUUACUUGAUGUUUCAGAAGGCAUUGCUCUUCAAAAAAAUUUUGUACUACUUUCACAGUGACUGAGCGUUUUGGACUUUAAGAUUUAUUGAAGACCUUGUAUCUGUGCUUUACUUUAGGGCUUGGGCUUCAGUCCUGUUGAAACUGAUGAAUGACAUUUUGUGUCUGUCUUGCUGAACUAUGACAGAAUGCUUAAAGUCAGUUCCCUUGCAACAAGGGCUUAUUAUUACCCAUAUUACUGUAAGAAUAAUUUGGCUUUACUAUAAAAUACAUGCUUUUUGAGUUAGAAGAUAUGAAAGUAAAAUUGUGAUCUAUGUGCAUUUGUAGGUGAGUCAUUAUUUCUAAGCACAUUCCCAAGUCUCACAUGCAGUAUGAUUUGUAGAUAAGAAAAUUAUCACUCUGUCUCCUUAGCAGUUUUCAAUCUAAGUGCCAGAAUAAAUUGUAUCAAGUAGCAAAUUAAUAUUAGUAUUUGUAAAUUAGCAUUCUGAAUUUUGUAUGUCACGUAAGUGUGUGAUUGUGAUUUACUAUUUUUUCCUCUAAUUUUGACUGUUCUCAAACAGUGCUGUAUAAUGUUUAUAUUUGGCUUGUACAGAAUUAUUAGUCUAACACAGGAUUGCCUGAAUGGAUGAUAUGAGGUGAAUGGCUGAACUGUACCAAAACAGGGAAACUUACUCUGAUAUUCUUUUAAUCAAAUCUAAAGGUUGAAAAGUAUCUCCAACUGAGAAACAAAGUAUUGUCUUUUUUUUUUCUUUCUUUAGUUUAUUCAUGUAGUAUUUGUUUUUCUUCUCUGAUUGAUUUACAUUCUGGAUUAUUUUUUAUUCCUAUUGAAAUUUAUUACAUACUGUAUUUCUAGAAAUUUUAUUUUUAAAUAAAAAAAUCUAGGUUUCUCUUUUC